AUGGCCAUCACGAACACAAAACCAUCACAUGGCUUCAGCCUCAAAACUUCGCCACCAAUCUUUAUACUUCCAACACAUCUUCAGGCAGCGGAGCUGCGACAAGCUGAGGACCUUGUCUUUCAACUAGGAGGGAACUUGACUUACGAUGCGCAGGAUGCGCGCCUCUUCUUAGGGAAAGUCGGCCAGAAGAAACGUGCAGCAUUCGAUCUUCGCGCGAGGGAGGUUUGGACUGAGGAGACCGGCUUGCCGAUACGGAAUGCUGUCGGUCAUUCUGGACCUGGGAGCAGCAAAGAGCCGGCCCGGAAGAGGCGCCGGAUCAGUCCUGGCUUUGAGACGAAGAGGACUCUGAGGAGGUUGAACUCUACGUCUAGCUCGACGGCUACGGAGGGCGGAGUGUCAGAUGUCAAGGACGACGAUGCCGCUGAGAGUUUGGGCGUCGAUUGGCCGGACCUCACCAACUCGAUUAUUGUUCUCAAACUUUCCUGGCUGGACGAAUGUGUCAGACAGAGCACGCUCGUCCCCUUCACUCCAUAUACUGUGUACACGGCGAAGAUCAUCCCCAAACCUCUGCUCGAGACAAACCCUCAAACACUUCCUCGGGAAGGCAUCACAUACAUCAAAGCCACACCAGAACACUCGUCCCCAGUCGCCUCAACAUCAUCCAGCCCAGUGAUGUCCAGACCAGGCACCAGCUCGUCGAUCCUGGAGCGCGCCAGAUUAGAAGCAGAAGCCACGGGACAAAGCCAGAAAUCAGGCUCAUCUCAAGUAGCGUACCCAACGCGCCGGCGAUUCGGCGACCGCGCAAGGCGCAACCAAUACCAGAAAUCCAACACGUCCCCAACUUCACCACGAUCCCAGCGGCCAAAACUCCACCGGGAGACGACAUCGGAAAUGGAGGAGCUGGCCGAACACCCGAUCCCACCCUUGCCGGACUGGGCAACAGGGCCGCACGCGACAUAUUCGUGCUGCCGGUCGACGCCGAUGAACCCGCCGAACGCGGCGUUCAUCGCGCAGCUCACGAAGAUCAAAGACGCGCGCCUCCUCACGCUCGACGAGAUCGGCGUGCGGGCGUACUCGACCUCGAUCGCCAGCGUCGCCGCCUACCCACACGUGAUCCACCACCACAGCGAACUCACCCGGCUGCCGGGCUGCAACGAGAAGAUCGCCAUGCUGUGGAGCGAAUGGCGAUAUUCCACGGACAAUGACGACGAGGCCGACGAAGACGACCCAAACCCAACACCACGACACAUCCAAACGGUCCAGCAACUCGCGGCCGACCCGGACCUCCAGGUCCUCGACCUGUUCUGGAAUAUCUGGGGCGUGGGGCCGGACACGGCGCGGAAAUUCUACUUCGAGCACGGCUGGCGCGAUCUGGACGACGUCGUCGAGUUCGGGUGGAACGCACUGUCGCGCGUGCAGCAGAUCGGGGUGAAAUACUACGACGAAUUCCUGGUCAAGAUCCCGCGGGACGAGGUGGAGCGGAUCCGGGACGUGGUGCUGCGCCACGCGCGGCUGGUACUGGGGAUCGCGGAGGCCGACUACGACUCGCCGCGGGACGUCGAGUGCGUGAUCGUCGGCGGGUACCGGCGUGGCAAGGCGCUCUGUGGCGACGUGGACGUGAUCCUGUCGCACCGCGAUGAGGCCAAGACGCUCGACCUCGUCGUCGACGUCGUCCGCUCCCUCGAGGCCGCCGCCUACGUCACCCAUACCCUGUCCCUGCACACCACGACCAGUGAUCGCGGCCAGGCCACGCUGCCGUUCCGCGCGCAGGGCCACUCCGGCCAUGGCUUUGACUCGCUCGACAAGGCCCUCUGUGUCUGGCAGGAUCCCGUGUUCGAGUUCGAGGAGGAGGAAGCUGGGAAUGGAAGUGAGACCCCAAAGAAGAAAAACCCCAACAUCCAUCGCCGCGUCGACAUCAUCGUGUCCACGUGGCGCACAGUCGGCUGUGCGGUGCUCGGCUGGAGUGGCGGCACGACCUUCCAGCGCGACAUCCGCCGUUUCGUGAGUAAAGUUCACGGGUGGAAGUUCGACUCGUCGGGCGUGAGGGAUCGUAAGUCGGGACGGGUGUUGGAUUUGGAGGCGCCCAGGGAGGUGCAGGUGGACGGGGGCAAGACGGUUUGGGAUGAUGGCGAUACUUGGAUGGAUCGUGAGAGGCGCCUCAUGGAGGGUUUGGGGAUUGGGUUCCGUCCGGCCAGCGAGAGGUGUACUGGUUGA